AUGAGAGAUAUAUACACAGCUUCACCUGGGCUCCCUCAAGAUUUAUCAUGUCGUAAACAAUUUGUAUUAAAAAAUGAAUCCCAAAAAUUACCAGCUAUUCAAGAAGAUUCAGAAGCAUGUUUACCUCCAAUUGCUACAUUUAGCCAUCAUCGGCAGAACCGUAUUGGUCCUUGUUCCUCCUACGUUAGUAAGUCAGGGAAAUCGGUUGGUCGGAAGCGUCAAAAGCAACCAAGAUCUAGACAUACUGAAAAUAAAUUUUACUGCGAUUGGCUACAAUGUCCGCGAUUUCUUCUAAAGAAGCCUUUUAAACAAAUGACUCAUUUGAAACAUCAUUUACUUCUACAUAAAAAUCAUUUAAACCUAUCAUGUCCACAGUGCGGAAAACGCUUUAGUUCAAAAGAAAAUCUAAAAAGGCAUACAAAUGUACAUUCAGGUUUAAAACCAUAUGUAUGUUCAAUUUGUCGUCAAGCGUACUCUAGAACAUCAGAAAGAUCUCAGUGUAUGAAGAAGCAUCAUUUUGAAGAUAAAUAUUUGUCUGAACAGGAUAAGCAAUGUUUGUAUAAAGAUGUUUAUAGUGAUUGGAAUUCAUCUGGUUUAUCUGCUUUGCAAAUCGAAGACAAAAUUAAUCAAUCUCGUCCAAGACCAUAUAUCUGUCAAAUUUGUGAUGAUCACAGAGCAUAUACAGAUCCAAGUUCACUUAGAAAACAUAUGCGCUCCCAUCAUACAAACUGUAAAAAUGAAAAAUCUAUUACUGAUAGGGAUUCUACCAAUAAAACUGUCAUAUCUAAAUCAAAAUUAUCUAAAAUUGUUCAGUAUGAAGAACCUAUAAGUCUUGUACUAGCAAAUUCAACCACUGAUAUAGACGCAGUUGAUUCAUCUCAUUUGUCGUUUGAUAAUUCAUUCACUUCAGAAUCUAAAUCAUUAUUACUUACAACUGAAUCAGUUUAUCCUGUGGUUAUUGCUCCAUAUAAUGCUUUAACAACGUCUAUGACGUCAUCAGAAAUACCUGUUACUACAAAUAUCAUGAUUUCUUUUAAUAAUAAUAAUGUUAUCACGGAAUCAAAUAUUUCAACAAAUAUCAUUAAUACGCCUAGGUAUCAUUUAUUAUUAAGGUCAGAUUCUAUUGUAUCUUCAACGAUGAUGACGGUGAUUUCAAUGACAUCAACUACUACCACUAAUACUACUACUGCUACUACAACUACUACAUUAAAAAAUGAAUAUGAUGGUGACGUUGCUGUAGAUUUAUGCAAUUCAGCUCUAUGCCUACAAGUUUAUUCCGAUAAAACGUAUACUUCUGUAUCUUCGUCAGAAUUAGGAAGAGUCGAUUCAUUAACACUACCUUUAUCAACAGUGAAUUCAUCUAACAGCAUUAUACCACAAUAUAUUACAGAAACUAAUCGAAUUAUUGACAAUGGUCUUUCAUCCAAAAAUUUAUUUUAUUCAAAUUCUGGUCUUGAUCUUACUGAUACACAUUAUCUUACAUUGACAGGAACUACUGAAGCGAUAGAUUUAUCAUUUGAUCCCUCUGUUGAUAUAAUAACUGUUAACCCAAUUGACUUAAGUUCUUCACAGCAUUGUACAACAUUGUUUUUUGAAUCGACAAAUGAAUGUACCGAUAAUACAUUCUUUACAACACAUACAAUAUGGGAUCCUGAACCAGGUUUCAGUUUUACCGACCUCUUACUUACUAAUAAUGAUGAAGAAUGUGAAACGGAAUACCCUGAAGUUAUAAUUUAUCCUGAAAGUGCUGUUUAUCGUUCAAACGAAACGUCAACUUCUUUUACUACUACUAGCCACAAUGAUAAUACUAACAGUAUCGUAAUCAGUAGUGAACUUAAAAUAUCAGAUACACUUAUCUCACCAAUGAAUAGUCAUUGUAUUCCAUCAAAUACACUAACGACGACAAUAAAAACAACCUCAACUGGAGGAGUCGGAGGGGAAGGAAGUUAUAACGUACAACCACCACCUUUAGACUUACGCUUAAUACAAUCCAAUAAUUUUUAUUCAUAAAAAUUAUUUUUUGUUUUAAAAGAAAAUGUACAUUAUCUCUUGUGAAUAUUGUUCAUAAUUGCAUAAACCCUAGUAUUUCUCUUUUCCCCAUUUAGUUGAUUUAUUUCACAGCGUUUUGUCUUUAAAAAGUAGUCUAUUUUUAUAAAUCGUAUUGUACAUAUA